UAACAGUGAAGAGUUAUGUAAUUUGAAAAGCAGAGAACAGAGCAGCUCUCCAGCACAAACGGGAAACUCCAGGAAGGAAAGGCAGAUUAACUCCAGCUGCAGCAUGUCUCUCGAUUUCAGCAAGAUGGAUCUGUCUUCCCGGCCACAGCUGUUUGAUUUCCAUGGAGUUGCAAUGAUUCCUAUUUUCACAGCCAACUGGGAAAAUGUCCAAAAUUUUCAGGCCAGACCAGAUGACAUAGUAAUAGCAACAUAUCCAAAAGCAGGGACCACAUGGGUCUCCCAAAUCCUUGACUUGCUGUAUUUUGGCAAGACGUCUCCGGAGCGUCUGACUUCACUUCCUAUCUAUGAGAGAGUGCCUUUUUUGGAGAUGACCAUCCCAAACUUGGUGUCAGGAAAAGACCAGGCAGAUAAGCUUCCUACCACCCCUCGACUCAUCAAAACCCAUUUUCCUGUGCAAUUUGUGCCAAAGUCAUUUUGGGAGCAGAACUGUCGGAUGAUCUAUGUAGCCCGCAAUGCAAAAGACAACAUGGUGUCUUAUUACCACUUCGACCUCAUGAACAAUGCCCAACCUGUAGCUGGAGACUGGAACAGCUAUUUCCAGAGAUUCAUGGAGGGAGACAUGGUGUUUGGCCCCUGGUAUGACCAUGUGAACGGGUGGUGGAAGAAGAAGCAAACCCAUUCAAACAUCCACUACAUGUUCUAUGAAGACAUGAUUGAGGACACUGGACGGGAAAUAGAGAAACUUUGCUCCUUUAUUGGUUUGUCUCCCUCUGCUGAGGAGAAGGAAAUGAUCAAAACUGGAGUGCAGUUUGACAACAUGAAAAAGAACAAGAUGACCAACUAUUCCACACUGCCAGUCAUGGAUUUCCAGGUGUCUCCCUUCAUGAGAAAAGGAAAAGUUGGUGACUGGAAGAAUUACUUCACUGUGGCACAGAAUGAAGAGUUUGAUGAAGACUACAAGAGAAAGAUGAAGGACCCUACCCUGCAUUUCCGCUGUGAACUCUGAAGAAAAUAGAUGACAAACACGACUGCAAUAAAAAAAGGGACUUUUAUUAUCAAAGAGGAAUAGUACUAUAACUUGAAAAUGUAAAGAAAAAAUGGACAUAAGUCUAUUUUGUACUAAUUUUAAACAAUAUGCAAAUUCUUUUGUAAUAUUUAAAUAACAACCGUCACAUUUAAUCUUUUAGAUUUCAUAAUGAAUAAAAAUACGAUCUUUUCCAAAGA